AUGCUUUCAAGACAAGUUUUAGCAGGUAGGCAAAUUGCUAGUGGUUUUGCUAGACAAAAAGCUAUAUCACAAUGUUUCAAAAGAUUCAAUUCAAGCAAGACCAAUUCCACACCUCCACCAAAAUACUCCAAAGGAAAACUUCUUGCGGUAUUGGGUACUUUAGCUAUUGGUUCAACCGUUGCUGCUUCUUUCUACAACAAGGAGACACCUAAAUCUGCAUUUGAACCCAGUGAAUCAGGUGAUAAACCAGAGUUUUCUGAAGGUAAAGUUUCAGUCAUUUUUGUUUUGGGUGGACCAGGAUCUGGAAAGGGCACCCAAUCAGACAAAUUAGUCAAGGAAAAGGGAUUUGUUCAUUUGUCAGCUGGAGAUUUGUUAAGAGCUGAACAGAAUAGACCAGGCUCCAAAUAUGGUGAACUUAUUGCCAAAUAUAUCAGAGAAGGUGAAAUUGUUCCCCAAGAGGUAACUGUUGCUUUGUUGAAACAGGCCAUCAAAGAAAACUAUGAACAGGGGAAAACAAAGUUCUUGGUUGACGGUUUCCCUAGAAAGAUGGAUCAAGCAUUGACUUUUGAAAAUACCAUCGCCAAGUCUGCAUUUACAUUAUUUUUUGAAUGUCCUGAACAGGUAAUGUUAGAAAGAUUAUUAGAAAGAGGCAAAACAAGUGGAAGAACUGAUGACAACAUUGAAAGUAUCAAAAAGAGAUUCAAGACAUUCAUCGACACUUCCAUGCCAGUUGUCGAUUACUUUGACAAACAGGGGAAAGUCGUUAAGGUUAGAUGCGAUCAACCAAUAGAUGUUGUCGCCAACCAGGUUAAAGAAGCAUUGAAGACAAGAGGCAUUUAG